AUGAAUUCAAGAUUCACCCGUUCGAUUUCUUCCUCAAGGUGUGAUGAGCAGAGUGGAAAUGAGAUGAACAAAGGGGAUGAAGAGAGUAGUAAUUACACUGGUGUGAGUAUCUUAAGUAUGAGGGGAGUUAUUGUUAAAUCCACCAAACAUUCUAAAAUCAUUAGUUCAUUUUACUUUUUAGAGGUUUUUUUGGUAAAAAAAUGCUAUCGGAAGAAAUUUUUCAAGCGUAAAUGUCGACCGCAAGCAAGGGAAAAAAGAAACAAUUUGUUAAGUAAUAUUUGUUGUAUCUCUCAUUGUUUUCUGAAGAGAAGAGUUCUAUCAAUGAGCAAGCCCAUAUUGGUUAAAAACACCAAAGAAAUGGUGACAAACUUGGACUUUUCUAAAUGCAUUAAAGUAGCAGAUUUGGGCUGUUCUUCUGGACAAAACACAUUUUUGGCGAUGUCUGAGAUCGUCAACACAAUUAAUGCGUUAUGUCAGGAACGGAACCAAAUCCCGCCAGAGAUAGAUUGUUGUCUGAAGGAUCUCCCUGGUAAUGAUUUCAACACGACGUUCAAGUUCAUAAGUUUCUUCAACGAGAAGCUCACAAGCAAAACACCAUGCUUCGUCUCUGGAGUUCCUGGUUCCUUUCACUCAAGGCUCUUUCCUAGCAAGAGUCUCCAUUUCAUUCAUUCAAAUUGCGGUCUUAAUUACCUCUCUAAGGUUCCUGAAGGUCUGGAGAAGAACAAGAUGAGUGUGUACAUAACAAGUUCAAGUCCUCUAAGUGAAUACAAGGCUUACUUGAAUCAGUUCCAAAAAGAUUUUACUACAUUUCUACGAAUGCGGUCUGAAGAGAUGGUAUCUAAUGGACGAAUGGUUAUCACAUUACUCGGCAGAAACGCUAUAGAUGAUCCGUUGUACAGGGACUGUUGUCAUCAUUUGACAUUGGUAUCCGAUUCUCUCCGCGACCUUGUCUUCGAGGGACUUGUGAGUGCAUCAAAGGUGAUUUCAUUCAACAUGCCACUUUAUGAUCCGACCGACGAAGAAUUAAAAGAAAUUAUUAGAAAUGAGGGGUCAUUCCAAAUAAACGACUUAGAGACACAUGCAUUUGAUCUUGGCCAUAGUAAGGAAGAAAAUAGGGAAUCAUGUAGAGCUAAACCAGGGGAAAAAGAGGCUAAUUGCAUUAGAGCAGCGUUUGAAAUGAUGCUCGUAGCUCACUUUGGAGAUGCCAUUAAUAUCGAUACAUUGUUUGCAAAAUAUGCACACCAUGUUUCUCAACAUGCUAGCUGCAUGAGAAAAACGUCUGUCAUUUUAGUGGUUUCAUGGUUCGGAAAUAAUCUUACUAUAUAUCAAGGAAUAACUUGUGUUGUGCUCAUGUAUCGACACAAAAAAAAAACUUGUGUUGUGCUCAUGUAUAUUAUAAUUCUUUCAGCUAUUAGUAUCAGUAUCUAUAGUUUCAAUUUCGGGUUCAAAUCUUUGAGCUCAUGCUCUCAUGGAUGGCGUGGUAUUAUGAGUGGAAGAGAUAUUAUAGUUGAGAACUCUGGAUGGGCAAUUGGGGACGGAGAAAGCCUCAACGUUUGGGACUCUGCUUGGCUGAGCCUCUCCCAAAAAGAAAGUCCUAUGGGUCCUGCUCCCGAGGCUCUCGUUGAGCUUAAGGUAUCUGAUCUCUUUCUAGCAGAGAAAAAUGAGUGGGACCUUGCGAAGAUCCGCCAAUUUCUCCCCAUUGAGGAAAACAAAGUCAGACUUCUGAAACCAAGCUUGAGUGGAGCUCCGGAUAAACUUAUGUGGUUGAAGUCUGCAACAGGAGAAUUUACGACAAAGACAGGUUACUCUGCUGCUCUACCACUACACUUGGAUCAAGCACUUCUGCCCCAAGGAAAUCCAGGCUUUAAUUGGAAGAAAAACGUCUGGAAACUUCACACUGCACCGAAAGUAAAACUCUUCGUGUGGAAAACCCUUCAUGGAGCCCUGCCGGUUGGUGAGCAACUGGUAGCAAGACAGAUUAAAGUCGACGGAAAGUGUAAAUUAUGUGGUCUCCCCGAAUCUAUUGAUCAUCUGUUCUUGCACUGCAACUUUGCUAAACAGGUCUGGAAAUCAGCACCAGUGUGGCCGAGCAUUGACUACAGCGGAACAAUAGAAUUGCGGAGUGAAUGGAACAGCCUAUGCUCUCGACAAAACCUUCCUCCUACAGGCCUCUCAAUGGGAGCACUAGCACCCUGGAUUCUCUGGCAAAUUUGGAAAGCAAGAAAUAGCUUGGUCUUCAAGGAUAAAGGUUUCCUGGUGACUGAGGUCAUGUCAAUGGCUAUAGCAGCAGCCAGGGAGUGGAACUCCAGUCAAGGGCUAGCCCCUGUACCGCGACGUAGUCAACCUGUUAGAGUAAUUCCGCAGGAUAAUUGUGUAAUGGUACGAUCGGAUGCGGCUUGGAAUGAAACUAACAAAAUUGCAGGGCUUGGCUGGACUAUUAAGACACAAAACAGAGUAUCCUCUUUCUCCUCGCCGAUGCGUUUUGUAGGCUCUCCGCUUAUAGCUGAAGGACUGGCGUUACGAGAAGCAGUGGAGAAAUGCAGAGACCUUGGUCUCACAAAGAUUCGCUGCGAGUCUGAUUGCGCACAACUCAUCAAGGCUUUAACCUUGGACCACCCGCUGGCCGAACUUUACGACAUUGUAGCUGAUAUUGAAGCCGUUGCUUUAUCUUUUGAUUUUGUUUCCUUUACCUGGAUCUCUCGCGAGAGAAACAGAGAUGCAGACUCUUCGGCUAAGCAGGUUUUGUCUGCUGAGCUAGCCUUAAUGGCCUCACCAAACAAUGUUUAG